GAACAGCCAAAACCAGUUAUUCGCUUUCAAUAAAACGCUUCAUCCAGAGUUUCUACAACCUUUGCAGCUGAACCCCCCUCCCCAAGUCUCCAUUACCUGCACACAUAUACCUUCUAUCUUCUAGAUUGACCAGCAAGGAAAUAUGACUUUGACUGAUGAGAUUUUGGGUUCGCUACACCUGGCAGAUAAGACUGGUGCUUGGGGAACGUUGGGCACGAUUAAGCCUUUGAAGAAUUUUGAACCUGAGCUCAAUGUAGACAGACUCAAUGACAUCCUUACAAAUAAAGGUAGCCAGCAAACAAUCAGUGGCAUUGUCACAGGGCUUGACAAUGAACAAAGGCAAGAGGUCAUUCGCAUAUACAAGGAAGAAUUACAGCAGGACUUGGAGGAGAACAUUAAGAAGACUCUCUCAGGAGAUCUGGAGAGGCUAAUUGUGGGUUUACUGAAGACCCCAGCUGUAUACGAUGCUCAGGAGCUGAAAUCAGCAAUGAAGGGAUUAGGGACAGAUGAAGCUGCACUGAGUGAAAUCCUCAGCACCAGAUCGAAUGAACAGUUGCGAGCCAUCCAGGCCUGCUUCAAGCAAGAGUUUAAAAUGGAGUUGGAGAAGGCCAUUACGUCGGAAACAAGUGGACCAUACACUGCGCUCCUCCUGGCCCUUCUCAAGGGCAAGAGAGAAAAGGAAUCUGGGAUUAUCGAUUAUGGACUGAUUGAACAGGAUUCUAAGAUGCUGAGUGAGGUGGGACCUAAGAAUAACCCCAAUGAUGCCCAGUGGAUUACAGUCUUUACAGAACGACCCAAGGGACACCUCAGACGAGUGUUUGACCACUACAAGAAAUCUACCUCUGUGGACAUAGAAGAUGCUAUAAAGAAGCAAUUUAAGGGGGAUAUCCAGAAAUCACUCUUGACUCUAGCGGCUGUAAUUAAGGAUACUCCCCUUUAUUUUGCAGACAAAUUGCACAGCUCUUUGAAGGGUAUGGGAACAGACGACAAGGCUCUUACCCGCAUCCUUAUUUCUCGGAGUGAAGAGGAUUUGCUGAGCAUCCGAGUGGCGUAUAGGAGGAAAUAUGGAAAAUCGCUCUACUCAUCUAUUCAGAGUGAUACCAAGGGAGACUACAGAUCAGCAUUGCUACUGUUGUGCAGGGCUGAAGAUAUCUGAAAAUACAGUUUACACAGAGAUGUAUCUAUUCGGUUGAAGGCUGGCCAUACACAAUUUGAUUUUCUUUCGAACACUUAUAGAAAAUUUGUUUUUCCAGAACAUUCCUUCUGGCCAAUAAGCUAAUGUCAUUUGAAAGCCCUGAAAAUGUAACCCAUACCUGCUAGCUGAAUAGAAUCCCAAAGGUAUACAAUAUAUGUACAAAGAGACUUCCAAACUAAAAACCAUAUUCUCUGCUUUUCGUUCAGGAAACAUUUUCCAUCCAUCUCCUUUUGCAUCUUGCUUUAUCCACUUCAGCCCCGGAGGAUUUUGCUGCCAAAUGACCGGGCCACUUUUUGCGAUUUGGCGCUGUGUCGCUUUAAGCGACAAUUACACGGUCGUGCGACGUAGCUGCAAAACAAAAAUUGGCGUCCUUCCCCCCCCCCCCCC